AUGGUGAAGUUAACGACGGACCUCGUCGAAGGGGCAAUGCAGCACACAAACCCCUUAAAAGAUCGUGAAUUAGAUUUGCGGGGCUACAAAGUCCCCGCAAUUGAAAAUUUGGGCAGUACCCUCGACCAGUUUGACACUUUGGAUUUUACUGACAAUGAAAUACGCAAGUUGGAUGGUUUUCCACUGCUUUUGAGGUUAAAGGCCCUUAUCCUUACCGAAAACAAGGUAAUAAACUUUUUGAACACAAAUUUUGUUUCGUUUACGUUUUUCGGAUUUUUGCUUCCGAUAUGCAUAUGACUUUCAGCCAGUUCCUGAAGACAGCAAACUAGCCUGGGGCCAGCCCGUACAGUUAAUCUGGGGCUAUUUUAGGGAUUAAAUGACUCCUCGCAGUAGUCCCUGCGGUCAUAAAUUGUCUGGCUGUCUUAUCACGUCAGUGCCGUUCGUGACAUUAUGUCCAGGUUACUUAGAAGGCUGUGCUCGGUCAGCCGGUUAGUAAUCGCACACAAACCCCGCAAAUGUGAACUGAUAGUCCAGGCAUAGUCAGGAGUUAGUGCAAUUUUAUCGAAAUCCUGAGACUGCCUUGUUGAAAGUCUGCGUGCGUUAAUGACUUCUGGUUUGUAUUGCUUCCAUGCCAAUAUACUCCUUUAUAUUCAUUUAGAUAUACUGCCUCGUUCAUUGGUGUAGAUUUUGGGUGUUAUUAACGACCUGCAGUAUAUCUCAUUUACGGUUUCGCGCUAGCUUCUGUGGUUCGUCUUAGAGUUCAGUGUUUUCCACUCACUGCAAAUUUGUCUCCGUAAUUUACUGCCUUUCUAUCAUUAGUGUCUGUAUGCUGUAGGCGCGCCGGAUAGUAGCACAGGUGUUGACUGUCACGUCGCCUUGAGGUGCUCUUAUUUCACUUAUGUAUUUUGGUUUAAAUACGGGAGUAAAAUAAAUGUUUAGGGACUUGACAACUAGUCAGCACCUAGCCAUUUCGGACAGUUUGCAUCACGGGCGUUGACAAUAUCAUGCCUUAACUAUAGUGUCCAGUUCGAGCAAUCAGAUCCCUUUGCUUGUAAUUAAGACAAAGUCGGGUAUCACUAUACGAUCAAAUAUUUUGUUUUCUACGGUUUUUUAUGAGUUAAGAUAAUCAUGCUAGUAAAAAUCAUUUGCAUCACCCACUUCUCAUUAAAACAUAUAACGUCAGAUGCACGCUUUUGACCUGUUCACAGCUUAUGCGGACGCUCUAACAACCUCUAAAUAUGCUUGUUUUUCUGACUCGUUCACAAGCACUAGUGCUGUUUAACAAGUGAACUGGAUUUACGCAUGACCACCUAUUGAACGGGCAACCGUUCAUGUUACUGUUUCGUAACUUUGCCGACACUGGAGUAUUCUAAACACCCUUACGACUACUUGCUAAGAAUGACUGCGUUGCAUUUGCAAUCUCUUCCUUUCUUGGUUGUGACACGAAAACUGUCAUUUCCUUCUGAACUAUUCGUUGGGAGGCCAAACGACUUCGAGUCGCUGCCACUAAUACGUGCUCACGCCAGAACAAUUGUGGCCUUUCAGUGCAUUCACCUGAUUACGAGGCCCACGCCCGUCCUAAAAUGGUCCUAUGAUUUCUGCAUUUCUAAACGCUGGGACCAUUCGUAAUAAUCGGGUGCGUGUCUCGCCCUGCACGAAUCAUAGCCCACGACUUAUUGUGGCACAUGUUGACUGGGGCAUUAUAGCCUCCCUCACUCUCCCUCCAACACUGUUUUAAGUCGCGAGUCUGUUUUGGCGUUGAAAUCAGAGGGAGGAUGAGAAUGGGGACACAGUUCUUCGCUUCCUUGUCAUUUUCAUGAACUACUCAUUUUCAUUUAUGAAUAUGUUCCACGUCAAGAACGAUAGAUAAGGGCCUUGCGACCCAUGAAGUUCCUGCCAACUACUAAUAAACUGUCGUCUAUCCCGUUUUUAAAGGUUUCCUGUUUGUGUCAUCAUACUCUAUUAUGGGAAAAUUGGUUAAUAGUUCAACAAAAGUAAAACUUAUGAUCCUGUCCCCCUUUUGUGCCUGAAGUCCUUUGAUAGUCCUUGUUAGUUUGCAAUCAAGACGCCCUCAUCCCUCAAAGUCUCUCUUGUCCUUUAUCAUUAUUUUUACACUAGCUCGAAAUGUUCCACAUGCUUGAUGUUAACUGCAACUUUGUUUCACAGAUCGUGCGUAUCGGGGAUGAUCUUGUCUCGUCAAUACCAAAUCUGGAGACUUUAAUUCUAACAGACAAUAAUAUCGCUGAACUGAAGGAUUUGGAUCCCCUUGCCUCGCUGACAAAACUUAACUUCCUUUCACUGAUUCGGUGUCCAGUAACAAUGAAACUCAACUACCGCAUUUACGUGAUCGGUCGUAUUCCGCAGGUACGCUUUCUAUCUCAAGUUUAUUGUAAGUUCCUCGUUUCUGUAAUGCUUCGAGCGUUGUCAUUUUUUUGCCUUUCGUUAAUCUGGCCGAAUCAAGUCGGUCAUCCUUUGAUGACAGUCGUAACGCCUUCGAUGGUUUUGUUCACCGUUUCCUAUCUUUACUAAUGCUUCAGCCACAAUUAUCGCCAGUUUUGCUGACCCCUAAAAUCAUCUAUGUCAUUUAAAGUGUACUUUGAUCGCAGACUAUAAACACUUGUGUGACCUCAGGGUUAUCUGUAUAAUUAAUGACCAACCCUAAAAAGGGACAAUAGGUUGUCUACAUUGCAGUCAUGGAGAGCCGAGGAAUUUUCUGCACAGACAGGGUUUACAGUUCCGACCAGCGUCUGAGCCUCGAAACUAAUACAAAAAUUGACGGUUCCAGGUGUGGUUUUAUUCGGUGCUGGGCACUAUUUACCACUUAAUUCCUGUAAGUCAUCCUCAUCCCAAACGGUGACUAGCCGCGUUUGAAAGUGCCGCAAAUCCUUUUGAUCCCCACAUAUCUACUACUGAUUCUAAGUGUUGACAUCAAGACUUGGAAGCACUAGUGCCGCAUCAAAAUACUUCCGAAGGAGCUGCUAGCAGGAUCUGAUUUUUAGGCUUUUUAAACUUGAGCGGAUAUUAGCUUGCGAUUAGUAACACCACUCUUACAGCUCAGGUACCGCUCGUUAGGAGGCUUGACUUAUUGAUCCUGGGGUUUAGAUACCCUAUCCAUGUAGUACAAAACGCUGCCGAGGACAAUAUCGUAAGCAAGAUUUGACGAGGGGAGGAUGGAACUAGACAUGCCUGCAGCACCGAGUCUUGCCCCCAUAAGUAUUUAAAAGGUUGGAUGAUUUCAUGAGAAUCCUGGCAAAUUCUGACUAUUUAUUUCAUUAAAUCUAUGAAUCCACCUAGCGGUACGGAGUUGGUAAGGGGAGACUACAGUGCCUGCUUCCCGUUGGCGCAAUUUCACUGAACAAAAAUCAUUUUUUACCCCCUCUUUGAUCACCAGCAUGUUAACUAGUACGACUGCUUCGGCAGCCUAAAAGAUCCUCGUCACCCUUCUUUUCAUACCACGUUGUUGGUCUGAAAACUGUUAAUUUUACGCGAUAGUCCAUGGCUAAUUCACACGCUAAGUCUGCCAGAGGGGCGUCUUCCACGUCGAGUUGAAUUCGCUAACUCCGAAUCCAAACUGAAGUGCAACAGACUCGGUUUUGCGACGACGCAAAUUGGAAAAACAAAGACUGCUGCAUCAAAUUAACAGGAGAUCUAGGUUGCAGUAGCAGAUAACUCAGCUCUACCCACUGACAUUCCUCUGCUCGUGUUAUUGUGCUUAGUCCAACAACAGCCUCGUAUUAUGUCUUUAUGCCCCCUACUCCUAACUUCCACGUCUUGCAUUUCUGUGACUCGUGGUCGCAUGAAUGGCAUUUCCUAUUACCAUCAUUUCUUUAGAAUUAGUUCGUAGCCCCUUCCCGCAAACUCUUGGGUUUAUAACAGUUCUCCCAUUUUGUCGGGGUUAUCUCUCAGCACGCUUACGUCUUCCUAUCUCCAUAAUAUUGCGUUUCAAAGGCCCUUUUUAGCGUUCCGCGUUCUCUUUUUUUCUAUGCAAACAUAGUCGUUCUCGGCCUUGUGAAGGAAUUUGCGCUAGCCUACAGAAUCUUAGUUUUUUAGCCUCCUGGUAAACAGUAAAAGUACAGCUAAACGCUAUGUCCAAUAAGGACGGAGACAUGUUUGAGGGGCGAUGAUAUUUGUUAAAUGCGCCAACCGCCCAGGCUGGAUAAAGUCGGAUGUACUUCUAAGAAAUAUUGGGUAUGGGGCCAGUGGUCACAAGCGUCCACCCGCCUUCGCCACACAACUGCGUCCUCAUGCUGUCUCCUUAACUUUUUUAAAACCAUCUUUAAUCUCUGCCCUCCGGAUUUCAGUAGUGUUUAUUUUUUCGAAAAACAGAUUCGUUUCCUCGACUUCCGACGGGUAACCCUAGCGGAGAGGAAACAGGCUGCGUCAUUUAUGAAACACCUCGCUCCCCUACCGGCGUCCUCCACAGUUAACGCCGGCACCAACAACGCCAGCACAGCAGCAAGAGGCACCACCAACGUGAAGACCUUUGUUCCUGGAGCGCCGGUAGGCCAAUUAGAAAAAGCCACUAAUGGCGCCACCGACGGCGCUGCAGCUGGUGGUGAUAACGAUGGCAAGGCUGGCGACGAAGGGACGGCGGGAACCAAUCAGAAGACGCAGGCGAAUACCAAUCAGCAGAGGAAUUUCCAUCAGGCUACACUGCAUGCAGGCGUGAAACGUGUUAUGCUGAGUGAGAAAUGCUUCUUUCUCUUCAUCUCCAAAUCCCGAUGCUAGACCAUCCAGCCAUGUGUACUGCUGAAAAAUCCCCACCAUCAACACAACAUUUUGCUACGUGAUUACGCAAACCUUACUGAGUUUAGGGCUUAGUCGGCCAAUCUCUAGAGGGAGGAAGGGCUGAGGUUGACAAACCCCAGAGCUAUGUUGGAAGCCUAGGGAAUCGACUGCAUGGGGAUGGUAAUGAGCCAGUUAUUGCUUGUUGUCUCGUCUUUCUUGUAUGCUGACACUUGCAUGUGUCGGUGACCGGUUUGAUACUUUUGCCAUGAAAUUUGCGGUUUCUUUGGAAUCUUGAGUACGGGCGAGCCCCUAACAGUCGCCCAACUUGCUUCUUCGAGACCGUCUGUCGUUCUGAAUCAAAACGAUGGUGGCAAGCAAAGUUAGUUAGUGAUGGUUUACAAUCGCUAUAUCACGCUGCCGUCAUCGGAUUUUGCGGCUUUUUUAUGUUAGUCGGCAUGCCAGAUCUCAAUGAGUCACGUCCUGGUAGCACUGUCGUUGCCAACCAGCUUAUCACCAGAUAGGGCAUCCUACUUAUUUUGUUUCAUAGCCAAUCGUCAAUAAAGGUCGUUGCACUCCGUUCUCUAUCGACGCGCUAGGUAGCCAAUAACUGGGUCUUCUAAUGAACCCGUCUUUCCAGGCAAUAUAUAUGUGCCUGCAUCAAGUACAAUUUACUGUCGCGCGUAGACGGGGCCGCCAAAUCUGAUCGACGCUUAAAUCUACGUCACCUGCGGCGCGCCAGUUAGUGAUCAGUUAGACUAAUGGGGAACCCGUCUUCCAGGCUGGGCCGUAGUUGAGUCUAGCAGUUUUGUGUGCAAACGGCACCGAGCUUACAUGAGGUAACUUCAGUAGCUGUUUCUACAUGACGCUACAGUUAAACAUUUAAUUUGAUAUCUCAUGAGCUUCGACGCCUUAUUUUCGGGCAUACCCUAGAACAACUUGCGAUACUUAAUAACAUAGUCUGAACUGGUUUUUUGUUAUAAUUACGCAGGCUAUAACAUUUUCAGCCAACGUCUGAGUAGUUACUUUGUUGGUGAAAAAUUCGGAGUUUUUUCCCAGAAUACGUCUCUUGGCAUGUUCUAGACCACUGCUGAUUGUUUAUCAUUGGUUGCGGGCCCUUAGGCAUCAUGGCUGGCUGUCGGACUUUUGAUUCCGGUUUAUUAGCCACACCAAGCCCAUAAGGCUUCGGGAUUCUUCCUGUCGCCUCCACAUAGGGUAUCGGGAACCAGAAGUUCGGUUUUACUCGCCUGAUCUCUGAUAGUUCGGCUUCCUGAGACACUUGCGUAUGAAGGAUUUUGGAUAACCGUUAGCUCCGAAAGAACAUGUGUUUCACCUCCCUGCCAUCGUUGUCAGCAUAGUGCGUGGAAGCGUGUUUCAGGAGGGUUCUGACACAAAUGCUUUUGUAACUCACGGGCUGAUUGCUUCUGAAGUGGAGAGUACGCCUAAUGUUAGUUACUUUACGGUAGACGGUCUUUAUCUUCUCAUAUUCCAGUUUGGUAACGGCUAGAUCGCAGUUGGUAGCGAUAUAUAUAUAUAUAUAUAUAUAUAUAUAUAUAUAUAUAUACAUAUAUACAUAUAUAUAUGAAAACAGGAAGAGGUUCUUCGGAAAAGUCGAGUUGUACUCGUGAAUUUUCGAGCUGGUUACACCAACCCGUCGUCAGACGAAAUUAAAACAGGGGAGAAAGUUAGUUUGUCACACAGGACUAGUUAGCGCGACAGGGCAGACAGACAAUCGGCCUAUGAGAGGGAUGAUCACAAAGUCAUGGUAGGUCUCUGAGCCAGGGGGGAGGUGGAACAAUUAUGGAUGCCUGUGCUGGAGGGGGAGGGUGUAAUGAUGGAUCAAUUGGACUCCGGGUGGCUAAAUUGGCGGCCGUUGCUGUGGCAUUAGGGCGGGGGGCAGUAAGUCGUGAGCGUAGGUCCUCAUAAUGGGCGUCCAAGUCAACAUGGCGGUUGAUACUACCAGCAUCGGAGUACCAAGCCUCGAGAAAUUCUCUCGCCCGUUUUGUGUUAGCCAUGGCGACGACCUCAGUGCCAUCCCAAUUGAAUCGGUGGUCGCACUCGAGUGCGUGAGCAAAGACGAGGGACAGAGGGUCUCGCCAACGGACAGCCAGUUUGUGUUCAUUAAUGCGGGUGCCCAGGCUUCGACCUGUAUGACCAACAUACACGCAAGAGCAAUUUGAGCAAUUGUGCUCAAAUAUAUAUAUAUAUAUAUCGUUUCUUUCUACCAUAUGUUUGCACAUGCGCCGGUGUUGCCAGCCAUACUCUAAUUGAAGACUCAACUGACACACAUUACCGAAAAGUCGGCUCUUUCUGUGAAGUUUGCGGAACAUUCAUACCUCAACUGUUUUGAUUCAUCUACCACAUGUUGCGCUCGGCACAUAGCAAUCCUUCUUAUUUAUGUUCUCGAAUUUUUCCUCCUUCAGGUGGAGGCAGCAAUCAAGACCUGUUGGCCAUCCAGGACGCCAUAAAACGUGCCAAAACAAUGGACGAGGUGGAACGCCUGCACCAGAUGCUCAGCAGCGGCCAGUUUGCCGGAUUCGCGGCCCAUUGGCACAAGCAACAGAAGCGCUGA